GGUUUUGGUUUUGUAGUAUUUCAUAAUGUUAUUUUAAGUAAUGUCACAACAUUUUUAUAAUUGCAUGGUUUAGUAAUAUAUUAAAGUGAUAUUUAAGUUGAAAAGGGCAGAAUUGGCAAAUAAAUAGAAUUACACUGAAGUUGAUAUUAGAGGAUUCUAACUGAACCUGUUUUCCUUCCCCCCUCCCCCCAACUUUUCUUAUAUACAGAGACCUAAAGGACAGGGAAAUAAAGUUUCAGUACAAAACGGUUCGAUUCAUCAAAAGGAUGCAGUAAAUGAUGAUGAUUUUGAGCCAUAUCUAAGUAGUCAGACAAAUCAGAGCAACAGCUAUCCACCAAUGUCAGACCCAUAUAUGCCUAGCUAUUAUGCUCCAUCCAUUGGAUUUCCAUACUCUUUAGGUGAAGCAGCAUGGUCAACUGCAGGUGACCCUCCAAUGCCAUAUUUGACAACUUAUGGACAGAUGAGCAAUGGUGAACACCAUUACAUACCUGAUGGUGUAUUUAGUCAACCCGGGGCAUUAGGAAAUACCCCUCCAUUUCUUGGGCAGCAUGGAUUUAAUUUUUUUCCUGGGAAUGCAGACUUCUCUACAUGGGGGACAAGUGGAUCUCAGGGACAAUCAACGCAAAGCUCUGCUUACAGCAGCAGCUAUGGCUAUCCACCUAGUUCUCUUGGGAGAGCCAUAGCAGAUGGACAGGCUGGAUUUGGCAGUGAUACUCUGAGCAAGGUGCCUGGCAUUAGCAGCAUUGAGCAAGGCAUGACUGGACUGAAAAUUGGUGGAGAUAUGACAGCUGCUGUAACGAAAACUGUAGGUUCAGCUCUGAGCAGUACAGGUAUGACAAGCAUUGCAGCUAACAGCGUGCCCCCAGUUAGCAGUUCAGCACCUAAACCAACCUCAUGGGCUGCAAUCGCAAGGAAACCUGCUAAACCUCAGCCGAAGCUCAAGCCUAAAGGUAAUGUGGGCAUUGGGGGCCCUGCUGUACCGCCGCCACCUAUAAAACACAACAUGAAUAUUGGAACUUGGGAUGACAAAGGGUCAGUGGUAAAAGCACCCCCAGCUCAACCAGUACUGCCUCCUCAGACUAUAAUCCAGCAGCCUCAGCCAUUAAUUCAACCGCCUCCACUGGUGCAAAGCCAACUGCCUCAACAGCAGCCUCAGCCACAGCAACCACAACAGCAACAAGGACCUCAGCAGCAGGCCCAGCCUCACCAAUUGCAGCAGCAACAGCUGCAAAACCGCUGGGUAGCUCCUCGUAAUAGGGGUGUGGGCUUCAGCCAGAACAACGGAGCUGGUAGCGAGAACUUUGGUUUAGGUGUUGUAUCCGUCAGCUCCUCACCUUCUGGUGUGGAAGUGCACCCAGUGCUGGAGAAACUAAAGGCCAUAAACAACUACAAUCCCAAAGACUUCGAUUGGAAUCUGAAGAAUGGACGUGUGUUUAUAAUCAAAAGUUACUCAGAGGACGAUAUUCAUCGCUCCAUUAAGUACUCUAUCUGGUGUAGUACUGAGCAUGGUAACAAGCGCUUGGAUGCUGCUUACCGGUCCCUGAAUGGAAAAGGCCCACUCUAUUUACUCUUCAGUGUGAAUGGCAGUGGACACUUUUGUGGAGUGGCUGAGAUGAAGUCUGUUGUGGACUACAAUGCAUAUGCUGGUGUCUGGUCUCAGGAUAAGUGGAAGGGGAAGUUUGAUGUCAAAUGGAUCUUUGUCAAAGACGUUCCCAAUAACCAACUGCGACAUAUUCGUUUGGAAAACAAUGACAACAAACCGGUUACCAAUUCGAGGGACACUCAAGAGGUACCCCUAGAAAAAGCCAAGCAAGUGCUUAAAAUAAUUGCUACUUUCAAGCAUACCACCUCAAUCUUUGAUGACUUUGCACAUUAUGAGAAGCGUCAAGAGGAGGAGGAAGCCAUGCGUAGGGAGAGAAAUAGAAACAAACAAUAACUAUAUGGAGAUGUCCUGCUAGAAUACAACACUAAUGAUGUAGACUCUGGAAAUGCCUAAUAUGUCUAAGAAGACGUUAUUAAAGCUUUUUUCUGCUUAAGGUGACAUCUUUGAACACUUUAACACGAAAUUGACUCUUCUUGUAAUGGUUCUCAUCAGUGCAUCUGCCCUUAUACUCUCUCACCAAACACACUUGAGAACUGUACCUUCGUCAAGCACUUUCUGUCCUGAAGCUUUUACCAGUAUCUGCUGUCUUUUGUAUUUAUGCAUCCUAGCUAAGGCACAGGAGACCGAACGAAUGCAAGGAUUCAUUAACUCUUUGAAUUUGUUAAAUACUAACAUUUAACCAUUAGAAGUGGUUCAAUGAUGUGAGAUUCACAUUGCUUCAACUUAAUUUUUUCUUUGUUGUAGUUUUUUUAAUUGUCAGUUUUUAGCUAUUCAACAGAUUAAAAGCAAAUCAUGCCAUAUUUAGUCCUGGAGUAAAACUCAAGUCUAAAUGUUCAUGUGAAAAUUAUUGUAGUAAUCUUUUAAUAUGGCAAAGCAACUUUAAGCUGCAGUUUAGCCAAAUGAAUCGUAACAUGAAAUUAUAAUAGAAUGACAUUUCCCUUGUUUCAAACUGUUUGGUGUAAGAGAAUAUUAAUAUGCAGCUUGGUGGACACCACCAGUUAAUGCACAUUUCUUUAUUUUUUUUUUUCUGUAACAUGUAUACUGAAAAAAGUGCAUUUGUCUGAGGAACUGUUUGUUUGCUACCACUCAAUGAAUCUCAGUUUUGAGUAAAUGUACCUCAGUCUAAAUCAGACUUUUUAUGACCUUUAUAACUACAUUUAAAAUAAUCUUUAAUUCCUAUUUCUGGGUGUUUGCAAGCCUGACAGAUUGCUAUCAUGAAAGUGAAAAUUUACUCCUCUAGGUGAUUCACUAGCUAAAUAAACAUAAUUCUUGUUUAGCAAGCAUAUACUCUGUUUCUCAAAUUUUUUUGUUUCAUUGUGCCAACGUCGAGGUGUUUUUCCCCCAUUUGAAAAUAUUUUGAGAAAAUUACUUUGGUCCAUGGAGUUGACAUAUUCAUAACCAUGUUAAGAUGAUUUUUGUUAGAACCAUGCAACAGGAAUUUUAGAAUACAUAUUAAACGGGCCACUUCUAUACUAGUUUUUAACCUCUUAAGAGUAUAACUUUUGUUUCAGUUCAUAUAACAACACAUUGUAUCUGCUGGAAGAGGAUAUUGAAAAACUGUUAAGCGGGUGUAUUGACUGUACAAAUUACUGAACAACCUGUACCAAACUCCAGGGAUAGCUUUCCCUUUUUAGAACAGCGAUGUAGAAGUCAGAUAUCUUAUAGCUUAAAAUAGCGGUAGCACAUAUUAUUUGAGUAUGUUUCAUGUCUUACUGUCCAACACAGAUAUUUAUAUUGUACUUCAAGUCCUUCAUUUACAGAUUUUGGCAGUCGGAUUUCUGGAGCUUAAGUAGCAAAGGUUUGUUUUCAAUAUAGAUGAUUUUGUUUUCUCAAUCCCUUUGCUCUCUUAAUACCAUGCAAACACAAGAAGAUCAGUGCACGCUUCUUGCUUGUUAUUUUAAGUAUUGUUGGAGACUGCAGACCAGCAGAUAUGCAUCUCAGUUUUUACUGCCAGUUACCUGGAAGCUCAAAAGGGAAGCUACUCCUGUAUUUUGGAGUAAAGAAGCAACGUCACUUAAAUGUUAGAUGUGUCAUAAAUAGCAAGUGGGAUAAGCAUAGUGCAGAUUGUAAGAGGAGACUAGGAGACAAAGGUUUCAAGCCCAAUCCCUAUGAAAUUUGGCUUCAGCCCAAAAAUUACUGCCUCCAUGCAUAUCUGUUUCUUGCUAACAGGUUUUAUAGCUAUUUGUUUCCCUCUGUGGGCUGAUUUAUUCCAACCGUCAUUGAUCAGCUGAAGUGGCAAAGGUCAAUAUUGUGAGUCCAAAGAAAGAAUGUAGUUCGUCUGUGAUCCUUCAAGGUAUCAGCAUGUUUCUGCUUCUUUGUUACAAAAUAUCUUAUGAAAAGUCCCACAAGUUUCCAGUUACCAGAAAGCUAAUGUUGGAGUCAAGCAUUCAGGAACUGAUUGCAUGUGCAACCCUAGUUUGCUUUCACUGCAGUAUUCAUAUUUUUGCAGGCUUUUUUAGUAUUUCCUGCCUUACCCCAUGCCUUUUUAUUCUAAUAGCAUGAGCAUUGCUAUUAUAUUGAAUCAGGUUUAGUGUCAAGUGGGUUUAUCACUCUGUAGCAGGCUUUGAAAGCUGGGAAGAUGAGACAGGAUAGUGAGAGAAGGUGGUGAUCACAUUUAGAGAGCCGUGACAGUUCUUACACUCUUCCAGGAUUGUUAGCAAAUCUACAAAUAGAAGAGUUUGAUUGCUGAUGGUGUUAGUCAUGUUGCGACCGAUUUGCUGACUGCUGAGAGUUUAGUAUGUGCAGCUGAAAUUAAAAGAAAUUUUAUGUGCAUAUAAAGUACUGUAAAAAUAGUAUAUAACAUUGUAAAAUCAGCUGUGGAGUGCUGUAUUAGUUAAUGGACAUGUGAAGCUUCUAGCCUUCAGCUUCCUUAUGCACAAGUUCUUUUCCUCCAGAAAGAAAAGGUAUGGUGCUUAUUAUCUCAAAUAAAUGUAGAAAUGCCUUUUUUUGGUCUGAUUUUUCAAUAUGGUGAGGGUGUUACAAUGGUUGCUUUCUAACUUGCUAGUGGAGGAAUCAGUGGAACCCCUUUGGUGUUCCUGAUGCCUCCUCCUUUGUGCCAGCCUUUGUUUUCCUGUGAUCCAAACAGUGAGCCAGUUCAAGCCAUUUCUGCUGCUUUAAUGCUUGGCCAGUUCUCUGUGAUGUUUAGAAGGGAGAUGGUGGGAGGGUAAGAAAGAGAUGUGUUCUUUCAGAAGCAGGUCCCCACUGUUGAAUAGGCUUACCUGCACUACAGCUACACACCUGGUGGUGGUGAGCCAGAGAUGCAGCAGAAUACUUAAAAGAGGGAAAGGCUUCCCAGGGGAGAAAAACCAAAACCUGUUUCCAGUGUAAGAUUUUGGUAGUGUAUGAGGGAGAUACGAUGUUGUCACACAUUUAGUGAUACAAGGAGAAGGGAGGAAAUGCUGAGUAUUCUCCAUUUUGAUUGCUUCAUCCAGGCUGACAAGGCCUAAGAAUUGUCACCGAAAGUUGCUGUGGAAAAGCUUGCCCUAACAACACAAAUGGGACAAACUAAGAUUGUAAGAAUUUUGCUCACCUUUGAGCUUCUUUGACUUUGUAACAUCAGCAUCUUUCACAUAGUUUUUUUGAUAUUUGACAUUUGACAGGAAUCAUUUGUCAGUUGAAUGUGCACAUUGCUUUAUUUUGAGGAACUUGGAUUGAGAACAAAUUGAUAGUCACAGCUAGACAAAAUUUCACUUCUUUAGAUAUUUUGUUAUUCUGUUCUUAAUUUAUCAAGUACUUACUUCUCUGCAUUAUUUUUCUCAGUUUUUUUCUUUUUUGACAACUCUGACAGUUUCAGUGUUCACUGUCUGCAAAAUUUAGUUGCAAAAGCCCCUUGCCAAAAUUAUUCUUAUUCCAGACAAAACUAUGGCACUAAACAAAAGAUAAUUUUGAGGUGAAAUACAAAUAGUGUAAUAUUAGGAGGAAGCAUCUUAAAUAUUUUUCAAUGUUUCACCCAAGCUCUGUUUUGAAGUUGCUUUCUAUUUCAUAGGAGAAUUCGCACACUCAAAUUGUAUCCACAGGAUGGGGUCACAUUGGAAGGGGUUCACAGUGGGGUCAUCUGGUCCAACCUUCCUGCACAAGCAGGGUCAUCCUAGAAAAUUCCUAACAAAAUCAGUGCAUUUUUCCUAGUUGAGCCCGAGUUGAAACAACAGUGUUUUGAAUUCUGUAAGUAGCACUUACCUUAAUUUUUCAAAAUUACCGGUGACUCACCAGAAAGAUUUUUACAUACUUCAUCUGAUUCUAGUGCAGUAAAAAUCCAGUGGAGAUGGUGUAUGAAUUUUCUCCAGCACUGUUUUUUAAAUCAAUAAUUCCAGGCAUUCAGAUGCAAACCACCCUUUAGGAAUGGCUUUCCAAAGCCAUUUGUACUAAUUUUUCCUAGUUAGUUAGGGAAAUUCACAAAGAUUUUCAGUGUCUUGUUUAUUCUUUUGUUGAGUAAAGAUCCAUGUAAUUUAAUGACAAAUUAAAAGAGAUUAAGAGAGUGGUUCUUUUCCAUCUAGGUGUAGCAAACUUGGUUUCAGUUUUGUGGGGUUUUUUGUUUUGUUUGUACAAUUACAGUGUGGGGACUUAGACAAGAAUUCUUUAACAUUAGAGUUGACCAUUGAAUCUUAUUAAAUAUGUUUGAAAGUUUCCACAGAAGCAACCCUGGCACAUCCUUAGUUGUUCUAUUUUCUGCCUGACACAUUCAGUGUAGUUCAGCGUGGGAGAGGGAAGAAUUUCUCUAUGGGUCACAGGAAUUCUAAGUAAAUUAGUUUGGUCUCAUAUGCAAAUACUACUGUACAGCUGGCAGGCUUUCCUCCAAGCAUCUGUUCUAUACUAUACUGUUUGUUCUACUUUACAUAUUUUAAUAAAGGGCAUUUUAAUAUUAUGAAUACGAACCUUUCCAUUCACAAAUUUAAAUUUGUAUCUAGUCCAGGCUUUCAGUGGUAUUUCUCUUCUCAUAAUAAUCAUGAAGCAUUCUUAUUAAUUAUACUGUCGGUGUCCAGGGUUCUCUAAGCAA